CUGCAACUGCUGUGACUCCAUAUUUAAAUUUGUUGACGCGGAGUGUGUUGUGGUUUCAAUUUAGAAUUGCGUUUUGUUAUUGACGUAACUGUUUCAGUUUUGCUGUAAUAAUUUUAUCGCAUAAAAAUGCUACCGUUGUCGUUAUUGAGGACUGCACAGAAUCAUCCCAUGCUUGUAGAAUUGAAAAAUGGGGAGACAUACAAUGGGCAUUUAGUUAAUUGUGAUAACUGGAUGAAUAUUAAUUUGAGAGAAGUAAUUUGUACAUCAAGGGAUGGUGAUAAAUUUUGGAGAAUGCCAGAGUGCUAUGUCCGGGGCAGCACUAUUAAGUACAUGAGGAUACCUGAUGAAGUUAUUGAUAUGGUGAAAGAAGAAACAUUAUCAAAGGGACGUGGGCGAGGUGAUAUCAAAAGAGGAGGAAUGGGCCAAAGAGGAAGAGGAGGUGGAAGAGGAUCUUUUGGAGCCCGAGGUGGUCGUGGAGGCAAUCAAAACAGAGGCUCUGGCCACGGAAGACCUGGAAGGCCCAAACCAAAUUAAGUUGCAAAUAUCACUAAAGUUACAGUCAGAUAUUGUAAAUAUUCAUCUGUUCUGAUAGUCACACCAUUUGAUUGUAUUUAAUAAAGUAAAUUAAUUGUAUAUAAAAAAGUU